CCGCCUCGGUCCCUCAGCGCCUCAUCGACCAGCCUCGGUCCCUCAGUGCCCGACCUCGGUCCAUGAGUUUGCCUCAGUCCCUCGGCGAGUCACUCUGCCUUAGCCCCUCACCGUCCCUCAUCCCGACUCAGCCUCUGAACCCCUCAGUCCGCCUCGGUCCUCCAGUGCCUCCCUGUCAGUCCUUCAGCGCCUCAGUCCCUCAGUCCCUUCGGGGAUCUUUCGCCGACCCUAAGUGCCCUCCCGCCACGCCCCGCCUCAGCACCGCGCCUCGGUCCCUCAGUUCAUUCUGCCUCAGCCCCUCACCGCCUCCUCUCAGCCCCUCAUCCCGCCUCAGCGCUCUCCCGUCGCCGUCCCGUCUCAGCGGUCUCGGUCCCUCACUGCUCCCCCUCAGCUCCUCACCACCACACCUCGGUCCCACAGCCUCUCACCGCCUUCCCUUCACAGUCCCGCUACAGAACCCCAGAGCUGUUAGGGUUGGAAGGGACCUCUGGAAAUCAUCCAGUUCAUCCCCCCUGCCCAGGCAGGGUCACCUGAAGCAGCUGAUACAGGAACACGUCCAGAUUGAACCAGAAGCCAGUGAGAGCUUUACAGACCAUCCUUCAAUGCAAACCAUUUAGGAACUGCUGGAGUCCCAAGAAUCCCAGCUGUGCAGAGCUGUUUGAACCCUGGGACUGAAAGCUAAUCAGCAAAGAGGAGAACCAGGUGUGCUGCAUUUCCCUCGGGAGGGCAGCAGGUGACCUCGCGCGGCUUUGCAGCGACAUCUCGUGGCCUGACUCACCUGGAGCCGUGUCAGGGAUUCCUCUUCCAGGGUGGAGAAAGCCUCGUGUGGAUUGAGUCGAAUAUUUCGUACAGCGAGGAGGUAGGAUGCCAUUUGAAAACCACGUCAUUAAGUGUGUUUAAUUAGAAAAGAGAGGCCAGGCACAGCAGACUGACUUUGGGAUACAGUGCAAAGGAAUAGAGGCAUUGAGGAAGAUCACCACACAUGGCUUGUGCAGAGCUGCUGCUGUCAAACUGAUGAAGGCAGAAACUUGUGAGAGAAACCUACGUGGAAAGUUCCUCUAAAGGAGAGAAGUGGGGUUUUGUUUGCAUGUCAUGCCUUACCUCUCCUGCAAGCCCUGAAAGUGCUGUGAAACGUGAAAGGGAUCCUCAGGAGAACCAAUGGAGAAGACAGGUAUGUUCUUUGUCUAAAAUAAUACCACUCUACAGCAUGAAAUCACAGCCAGGGUAAGCAGGAUUGCUCUGCAGCUCAGAAUCUGUGCAUGUACAUCUUGGUAUAUUGGUUUGUAUCAGCUCUGUAUUUAUAAAAAAUACAACUGUGUCAACAUAUUAAGAGUCAGACUUUAAACAGUCUUUUUGUAACUGUAAGUGCUCUGCCCUUGAAAACUUGUAUUAUGGCAGAAAACUUCCAACACAAUGAGAAAAUGUACAUACAUAUAUACACAUCUGUAUAUAUAUACUCACAUUUUUAAAUACACCCACACAAAGUAUAUGUGUUCUGUUAUUAGCAUGAAGGCAAUGGUGGUGAAUUCUCAGUGCCAUUAUGAAAGAAGGUAAGCAAGAGUGAACUUUACAAAAGUUAAUUCUAUGUCUGCUGAUCCCCUGAAAGAUGACAUGCUGAACUGCCAGGAUAAGCAGGAAGAGGACACCCCAAACAGUUCCCCGUUUGACUUUGUUAUAAAACAGUUCCAAGGAAAGAGCUGUGCUCCUGAAAAAAGGAAAGAGCAGCCUUCAGCCAUCAAAAAAUUCUUCAGGGGCUUUGACUUUGGGAAAUCUGAAGGCAAGGACAGAAGGGAAAUUGAAGAAAAAGAAAUAAACAACUCUGGAGCUGAUGAUCAGAGUGAGAAGGAAGAUCUCUCUGUAGAAGAUGGACACUCACAUCUCAUUUCUGAAGCGGAGUCCCCAUCUGGUGAGCAGAGAUUUAACCAGUUCAUGCAGAAACUGAGAAAGAAACCCAACAGCAAGAAUCUUGAUCUAAAUAAUUGUGCAUUAAGUGAAGAAGAUGUAACAGAGCUGGCUUCUUUAUUGCCAUUUCUCCCAGAGCUGGAAGAGAUCAGCCUGUCCUGGAAUGGUUGUGUUGGUGGGACUUUGAAGGCUCUCACUGUCCAUCUUCAUCAUGUGAACCUGUUAAAAGUCCUUCGACUUAACAACUGCAGGCUGACAGCUGAGGAUGUCAUCUCCUUAGGAGAGGCAUUUGAAAUUGUUUCUCAGCUUGAAGAACUGGAUUUGUCAUGGAACAGUAACAUAGGUGGAAAACUAUCACUGCUGACAAAAAAAUUCCAGAAAGGAUGCAAGUUAAAAUGUCUGAAAAUUACAGACUGUAACCUGACGGCAAAGGAUGGGGAAUCCCUUGCUGAAUUUCUAAAUGUGAUCCCAAACCUUGAAGUAUUAGAUCUCUCUAUCAACAAACACAUCGGCUGCAGCGUGAAGGUUAUGGCUCAGGAUCUGAAAAACGUGCCAGGCUUGAAAGAGUUAAACUUGCACAUGUGUGGAUUAAAGCAAGACAGCCUCCAGGGCUUAGACACUGCUUUGCAGCACCUCGCAGAGCUGAGGAAAUUAGACAUAUCGUGUAACAGAGAGAUUGGUGGUGGCUUUAAAGACUCAACAGCUCACCUGGCCAGCUUGAAAAAUCUGGAAGUCCUUGAUCUUCACCAGUGCUGUGUCACAGAAGAGGACAUGACCGUUUUGUCCCAGGUGAUACCUUUACUCUCCAGUCUUCAAGAGCUGAAUUUAUCCUCGAACAAAAGUGUAGGAGUCUCAUCUGAUCCUCUUCUGGGCCGGCUCAGGUUUUUGCCGAAGCUGAAAUCUGUGGCCAUCAGCAACUGUGGUUUAGGUGAAGAGUCGCUUUCAUCACUAGCUGAGGCUGCCCUUCACCUUCCUGAACUGGAGAUAUUAGACCUUUCUUGGAAUAAGUGCGUUGGUGGGAACCUAAAGCUGCUUUUGGGAGCACUAAAGCUUGCAGCGGAGAUUCAAGUGUUAAGACUGAGCAGCUGUAACUUGGUGGCUGAAGAUUUGGCACUUCUAACAUCACUGACACAGGAUGGCCAUCUCUCCAGAUUGCAGAAGCUGGAUUUGAGUUACAAUGACAGCAUCUCUGAUGAAGGGUGGGCUGCUUUCUGUCAAGGUUUAGCAGUAUCCAAGGAACUCUCGGAGCUGGAUCUCAGCCUCCGCCCGUCGUCCUGCCGGGACUGCGGGACGUGGUUCAGUGAGUUGUUGGCAGCACUGGCACAGCUCCCUGCCCUGGCAGAGCUGGGCAUGCAGAGAUGGGUCCUUUCAGAACCCCAGAGGAAACAACUGGAAAACUUUAAUCACGACAACAAAAGAAACAUUCGCUUUGACUGUUGAUGGAGGCGGAAGGUUUCUGGGAGGCCUUUCACGAGCAGCACAUGGACCAAGUAUUAUGUGUCUCUCACUUAGGAGACUACACAGUUUUUAAUAAUCUCUUGAAAUAGUUUCACAGUUAUAAAAAAAUGAUAUUUAACCCUCUGCAUCAUAGAUCAUUCUAUUUAAUAACCUAUUCUUUGAGAUUCUCUGGGCCAUGCUUACGCCGCUAUAGACACUUAAUCUUCAUGGUGCAGUGGGUAGUGCCCAAAGAACAGUGCUGGACUCAGAUGGACACACUGCAGGUUUGCCAGAGAAGUGGAGGGGAUGUGUGUUAAUGCAGGUGGGUGGGCAGCAUGAAUGUGACCUCAGAAAAUGCCUCUAACGUGAAAAUACUUGAAACCUCUGUGUUUUAAAUUUUAGUUUCUUCUCCCCCAAAA